CGACUAAGAUUUGUUUUCCUUUUUUUUUUGUACAUUUUCAACGAUCCUUUUUGCGAGGGUAUAUAUUUUUCAAUAAGGGCGUGUCGUUGUGUAAAUUUUAACACUAUUUCAAUAUGCACAAGAUGUGUGUGAAGGGACGAAAGUACUGUAAACUGUGAAGUGUUAAAAUAACCGUGAAAAAAAAAUUCAAAAUGCCCCCUAUAACUCUAUGUCUAAUAUUAUUAUUAGAUGAUAACCAAUUACGGGGUACGUUAAGGGGUUAGAAAAGUAGAAAUGUAAAUAUGAAAAUAACUUCUUCGAUCUACUCGACAUGUAACGCGUAACAUCGCUUGACCUGGCGUACCACCCUGUUACCGGCUCUGAAACAUUAAUCCGACACGGUUAUUCAUUAUUAUUAUAAAUUCAGGCACCUGUCAUUAUUCACCGACACGUAUUUAAACACACACGCGCCUGUAGUUUAGUACUUUGGCAAUUAUAGGAUUGUUCCCGAUUAAUAUAGCAUAGACACCGAAUAAGUUAUUGUGAGCGUCCUACAAAAACAUCGUGAUUGUGAUUAAAUCGAAGUAAAUCGUCGUUCAAGCUGAAUAGAGAAAAUAGGUCUUGGUUACCAGAGAUACGGGUCAACAGAAUGGACUUAGAAGACCGGAGAAUCCGUCGUAAAACACCUAAAAUCAAAUGUCACGAAAGAAAAAACAACCGUAAAGAAACGUAUAAUUGGAAGACCAAAGGAAAAGUAAAGUGCCCGGAUAAAGGGACGACGAAAAUCCAAAAACCUGCUCAGCUCAACCCUCUAAUGACGAUACUGAUGAGUUCCCGGCCUCAACUUGACCAACCAACCAGCGAUGGGACUUGUACCGAGAGAGUGCCUUUGACUACAUACAGGACCGUGGUGCUGGAACUUCCUGAAAACUUGCAGUACAAACCUGCCGUAAAGAAGUCAGCUCUCGCCUGCAAAUUAACAUCCCGCAAAUGCGUCGUGCCUGAUCCUAAUAAAUUGAAAUUGAGCUUGAGAUGGUAAAUGUACGUGUUGUAAAAAUAAUGAUUAUUUAUAAUAAGAAUCAGCGAUUAAGUCAGAUCCUUAAUAAACGUGGUCGGGUUUUUUGUGUUUUUAUUUUUUAUUUUUAUUGAAAAGGGCUGAGUGACCAACGGCUUUUGUAAGUUUUAUGCUUACUCGGCGCUCAUUAGCUGACCCAGCAACAUUGCAGCCAGGGUGUACCUAUCCCGAGCGGGUGAUUUAUGAAUUCUAUUCAAGGCGGUAUUCAACGCGGGGUUAGAGAAAAGGAAAAAAGAACAAAGUUGUCGACCGUUUUUCAAUUAAUCUCCGUUGAGGUCAUUUCAUCGUAUACUCGACAUUAUAUAACACGCUUAUGCUAAUGCGUGUACACAUUAUACACAUAUAUUGUGUAGGUAUAAUAUAUAUGCAGAUUAUUAUAACCGGUUAGGGUUUUUGGACGACCCACAUAUGCGACACUCAGCGAGUGUACCGGUUCAGAUGUGAGGUUGGCAACCUUGGGUGUAUCCAACUAUAUGCUUGUUGUGUGAGGUCGUGUUAUAUUUGUUAUAACAACCCCCACCCUUGAAUUGCAGUAAGUAUACAGUCUUCUUGUGUAAAGUAUUCUGCCGCACGUGGUGGCGUUCAAGUCUCCGAAGGCCACCGCAUCCGUAGCACUCGAAAAAAACAGGUUGUAUAUCGAAGGGUCGCCUAAAAUUGUUGAACUAGGCCAAACACCGCAAGAGGUAUAAGAAUCGUAACCAAAAACAAUGAUGUAAAAAUGACU